CCCAGGGCAGCCGCGGCCUCCUCUGCUCUGCUCUCCUCUCCUCUCCUUCCCUCCUCCUCUUCAUUCCCUCCCCGCUUCCUUCCCUCCGGCCCCGCACGGCCUCCGCCGCCGGCACACCCCUGCGGUACACUUUAAUUAUCAGUCAAGAUGGAUAUCAGAGGUGCUGUGGAUGCUGCUGUCCCAACAAACAUCAUUGCUGCCAAAGCUGCUGAGGUUCGGGCAAACAAAGUAAACUGGCAGUCAUAUCUCCAAGGUCAGAUGAUUUCAGGUGAAGACUGUGAAUUUAUUCAGCGAUUUGAACAGAAAAGAAAUCCAGAAGAAAAACAGGAGUUGUUGCAAACAGAAGGCAAUCAAUGUGCUAAAACAUUUAUAAACUUGAUGACUCAUAUCUCCAAGGAACAGACUGUUCAGUACAUUCUGACUAUGGUUGAUGAUAUGCUGCAAGAAAAUCAUCAGCGUGUUUGCAUCUUCUUUGAUUAUGCAAAACGUGGUAAAAACACUGCAUGGUCCUAUUUUCUGCCAAUGUUGAAUCGACAAGAUCUCUUCACUGUGCAUAUGGCAGCAAGAAUUAUUGCCAAACUGGCUGCUUGGGGGAGGGAGCUUAUGGAAGGCAGUGACUUGAAUUACUAUUUCAACUGGAUUAAAACUCAGCUUAGUUCACAGAAACUACGUGGUACAGGGGAUUCAGGAGCAGUCUCCACAAGUGAUAGUUCCCAGUAUGUACAGUGUGUUGCUGGAUGUCUGCAGCUGAUGCUCAGGGUCAAUGAAUACCGCUUUGCAUGGGUAGAAGCAGAUGGAGUUAAUUGCAUCAUGGGUGUCUUGAGCAACAAAUGCGGUUUUCAGCUGCAGUAUCAGAUGAUUUUCUGUGUGUGGCUGCUGGCAUUUAGCCCUCAAAUGUGUGAAUAUCUUCGUCGGUACAAUAUUGUCCCCGUGCUGUCGGAUAUUCUUCAGGAAUCUGUCAAAGAGAAAGUAACCAGGAUCAUCCUCGCUGCGUUUCGGAAUUUGUUAGAGAAAUCUACUGAGAGAGAAACUCGCCAGGAAUAUGCUCUUGCCAUGAUUCAGUGCAAGGUUUUAAAGCAGCUAGAGAAUUUGGAUCAGCAGAAAUAUGAUGAUGAAGACAUCAGUGAAGAUAUCAAAUUUCUACUGGACAAGCUUGGUGAGAGCGUGCAGGACCUUAGCUCCUUUGAUGAAUACAGCUCUGAGCUCAAAUCAGGAAGACUGGAGUGGAGUCCUGUGCACAAAUCUGAGAAGUUUUGGCGGGAGAAUGCUGUAAGACUAAAUGAGAAGAAUUAUGAACUACUCAAGAUCCUGACAAAACUUCUGGAGGUUUCUGAUGAUCCACAGGUGCUGGCUGUAGCUGCUCAUGACGUGGGAGAAUAUGUACGCCACUAUCCCCGUGGGAAACGAGUGAUUGAACAGCUUGGUGGUAAGCAGCUGGUCAUGAACCACAUGCAUCACGAAGACCAGCAAGUUCGUUACAAUGCACUGCUGGCUGUGCAGAAGCUGAUGGUUCACAACUGGGAAUACCUUGGGAAGCAGUUGCAGUCAGAACAACCUCAGACGGCCACUGCACGGAGCUAAGCACCUCCAUCAGUGCAUGCAGUUUGUGCUUACAACUACAGUGUGUUUCUCUUUAAAUGAAUACAAAGGAAAUUCUGAAAUCACAUGCUCUUUGUCUUCUACGGGUGCAUAAACAUUCCAACUUUCCUCUAGUGUUGUUGGCUUACUAAAAAUUUGUUUGUUUAACUAGGUCUGCUGAUUAUGCCUAUUAGCUUCUUGUUCUAUUCUGAAUGUAUAUGAAGAAAUGUGGCUAAUAUAUUGCAUUUGUUUUAUGUAUUUAUUCUCAUAAUAAAGACCAUUAUUAAAGGAUAUCCGUUCCAUAAGGGAUAUUAUAAUUAGCCUAGAAAAAUUGUUCAUUUCUUUUAAUGGCUUAUCAGUGUUGUCACUUCCCAAGAAAAGUAAGUUGUCCCCUUAUGUCUCAGACAAAUUAGUAAGGCUUUGACUUAGUGUUUCAUAGAAAGUGCAAUAGCCUGAGAAAUAUUGAUUAUCAAUACUAAAACAUAUACCAAGUCUCAAAAUAGUGUUGAAAUUGUAUAUAAAAGCAAAGGUAUGGGUAGGGCUUUUUUGGGAGGGUGGGGUAGUUUUUUUGUUAGAAACUACAUUAAAAAAUCUGGAAAUGAGAAGAGGAAAAGAAAACAAUCACUCCUCCAUCAGUGAAAACACACCCUCAAGAUUAUAAGUCCAGCUGUAUAACACCAGUGGUUAAGGCUGUAGAUCAGAGAUCAAGUUGAGGGUGUGUGUUUUUUUUUUUAAUGUGCACUACUAGCUGCUGAAAUUGUAAUUUCAUGGAGUUUUUGGUUAUUGAAAAUACUUGUAAAUGUUAGGGUUCUGGUUUCAUUCCAAAAUCCAUUGUAUUUCUUUUAUAUUAAGCCAGAUAAUUUGGCUAUCAAUAUUUUCUGUGUUUUGUGUUCAGUAUAAAAUAUGUAAUCAAUAAAUUUAAGCUGAUCUUG